CUUUAUAACUUUUAUGAUAAUCGUAGAUAUUGUAUAUUUAUUUUCUUUAUCGUCUCCCGUCUCGCAUAUAGUGUGACAAAAACGGAUGUUAAAGAGGAGUGGAUUUUAUCGGAGUUAAGAAGUACAGUUCUAUAGUUUUGGUUUUCAAUCACGAUCAUACGGUGAUGGCUUUUGAAGAAAGUUACGAUAAGUGGAAAAAGAUGUUUAACUGGACAGAAACACAGUGUGAUUAUCCAUUGCAAAACGUUUUGCGUGUGUCCUCCAGGAAACAACUUGCUAGACAUAUAAACAUAAAAAGCGAAAUUCUCAGUCAUAACGGACAAUGUCCCGAUUUUCGUGGUUUGGCAGAAUUGAUUGGAUUUGAUUAUCUUGAUGUUAAGCAGUUUGAGACAGCUUCCGAUCCAACUUCGGUCUUGCUGGACGAGUGGAAUUCUACUUUCCAUACAACUGCCACGAUGGGCAAGUUGUGUGAUUAUUUAGAAUACUUGGGACGCGUAGACUGUCUUCAAGACUGUCAAAAAUGUUUUCAACUUGACAUGGAAGCAUAUGAAUCCAGAUAUUUGAAGGAGGAACCUUUGCAAGAGAGUACAGUGUCUCAAAGUAAGAUAAAAGCUGAUGAUAUGAGUGUUAAAGAAACUGAUGUCAUAACUACAGAUGAUGUUAUUUCCGGUACCACAACAUAUUAUGAUGCCUUUGUUUGUUAUGCUAAAAAUGACUUAUGGUUUGUCCAGCAAAUGAUUACCAAAUUAGAAUCUCCUCCACAUAAUUUAAAACUGUGUAUUGUUGAUCGUGAUGUUAUACCAGGUUCUUCGAAACAUACCAUCAAUGCCAAAUUAAUUGAAGAUAGAUGCAAAAGAAUUGUAGCCAUUCUUUCAACCAAUUUCCUCAAAAGCAAUGAAUGUGAUUUUCAAAUAAAGUUUGCACACAGCUUAUCCCCAGGUUCUCGCCAAAAGAAGCUCAUCCCACUCAUCAUUGAAUACUGUACUAAGUAUCCAAAGAUUUUACACCAAAUUACUCCAUGUGAUUUCACCAAGGGAGAUAUGCAUGAAUGGGCUUGGAAGCGACUGGCUUCUGCUAUCAAAGCACCUUUUGACUUUUCUGAUUACAGUUCUAAUGACAGUGAACUGAAUGAGCUGACUCUCAAGCUACCAUUAUGUCGGUCUCUUUCCGUUCACAGUAAAAAUGAAUCAACAUCCUGAAGACUCUAUGUGGAAUAUUCCCUGUUUUUUUUUAUUUUUAAAAAAAUACUCUUUUUUAAUUCAUUAAAUCUCUGAUUGUCAUCAGUGGUUUACUCAUGUAGAUAUAUAAUAGGUUAAAAAUUUAAGAGUUUCAACUGUAAUAAACCAUCUAAGAAAUAUAAA